AUGGAACGUCUGAAGUUAGUCUUGCAGUACUUCCAGUCCAACUCUGAGUCGAUCUCCAAUGGUAUCUGUAUCAUCCUGGCCUUGGUCGGCGUCAAGAUCUACACCAGCUUUGACUUCAACUGCCCAUGCCUUCCUCAGUACAACAAACUCUACUCUCUGGGAGUGAUGAUCAUCCCACCCAUCAUUCUGUUUUUUCUGGGGGUCCUGGUCAACAAACAUGCAGGCAUCAUGACUGACGAGUGGAUGCGACCCAUCGGGAACAGAUCUAAAAAUUCUGCUGUGGUGAAGUACCUGUUCUCAGCCAUAAUCCAGAGGGCCCUGCUGGCCCCAAUGGUGUGGAUCCUGGUCACUUUGCUUGAUGGAAAGAUCUUCAUCUGUGCCUUCAGUGUGAGUGUAGACCCUGCACUCUUCUCAGGUAUGCCCAACAAUACAGAACACGAUGUGAUUAAAAUCAUGGCAAAAGUCCCCUGUAAGGAGGAUGUUAUCUUCAGGAACAGCUCUUUCCGCAAAGCAGUGUCUCGUUAUGUUCGUUGCUAUUCACAAGCAGUUGGCUGGUCUAUCCUUCUCUUCCUGAUUGUACUGGGAUCACUGGGACGCUUCAUCAAGCCUUGUUUUGAUGACAACGCCAGCUUCCUGCAGACACGUUACUGGAGCAACUACCUUGACAUGGAGCAGAAGCUCUUUGACGAAACCUGUGUACUGCAUGCACGUGACUUUGCCCGGAAAUGUGUGGUACAGUUCUUUGAGGACAUCAGGGAGGACAUCAGGGAGGACACCAUAAUCCUUCUUCCCCAGCCACCCUUCAUCACAAGCUCCAAAGAGGAAUGGGAGAAUAGAGAAGAGGAGAGACUUCAUGGGAUCACAAAACAGGCGCAGGUGGACCAGCUUUUAAACAAGUGGUACUUCAGUAAACCUGAACUUGACGUGACAAGGAUUGCCCACAAACUUAGGACCUGUGUUGCCUGGGAGGACCAUGAAGGGAUUCUGAUAUCUAGGACACACAGUGCUGUGUAG